AUGGCGCUGCGUCUUCCCGCGCGUCCAUCGACCGCGGUCGCCGCCGUCGCCGCGCGAGCGCCGCGAUCCUCCGCCUCCGCGCGCGCGACGACGACGACGACGCGCGUCGCGUCCAUGUCCUCGCGCGCGCGCCUCGGCUCCCUCGCGCUCGCGACGUGGUCGCGAUGCGCGCGCCCCGCCGUCGCGCCGAAGCGCGCGGCGGCGCGCGUCGUCGCGUCGUCGUCCUCGCGCGGCGCGUCGUCGUCGUCCGCGCGCGACGCCGUCGCGUCCGACGUCGCGGAGACCUCCUCCGACGCGGAAUCGACCGCCGCGCGAUCGGGCGGGUACCCGUUCGCGGACAUCGAGGCGAGAUGGCAGAAGCACUGGGCGGAGAACAAGACGUUCAAGACCCCGGACCAGAUCGACACGACGAAGCCGAAGUUCUACGCGCUGGACAUGUUCCCGUACCCCAGGCGCGUCGUCGCGGCCGGCGCCGGGCUUCACGUCGGGCACCCCGAGGGAUACACCGCGACGGAUAUCGUGGCGCGGUACAAACGCAUGACCGGGCACAACGUCCUGCACCCGAUGGGCUGGGACGCGUUCGGGCUGCCCGCGGAGCAGUACGCGAUCGAGACCGGGACGCACCCGCGCGAUACGACCGUCGCGAACGUCGCGCGGUUCCGCGAGCAGCUCCAGUCGCUGGGGUUCUCGUACGACUGGGACCGCGAGGUGGCGACGUGCGAGCCGCAGGUGCGUUCUAUACACUGGUUCCCAUACGACAGCGUUGGCGUGUACUACAAGUGGACGCAGUGGAUCUUUUUGAAGCUGCUGGAGAAGGGUCUGGCGUACCGCGCGGAGGUGCCCGUGAACUGGUGCCCCGCGCUCGGCACGGUGCUCGCGAACGAGGAGGUGAUCGACGGGCUGUCCGAGCGCGGGAACCACCCAGUGAUUCGCAAGCCGAUGAAGCAGUGGAUGCUGAAGAUCACCGCGUACGGCGACCGCCUGCUGAGGCGCGUCGUCCUCACACUGGUCCCCAUACGACCGCGUUCGCGUGGUGAACGCCGUUCCUUAAGGACUUUUGCCGGCGUUUCUCUCCGCCCAUUCCUCGCGUUGAAUCACCGCCAUCGACGCCUUUCAACUCCGCCUGACGCCUUUCAACUCCACCCCGACUUCUUCGCUUCGUACGGAACGACCCUCAUCAGCGACCUCGACGACCUGGACUGGCCGGAGAGCAUCAAAGAGAUGCAGCGGAACUGGAUCGGUCGAAGCGAGGGCGCGCAGCUCGCGUUCGAGGUCCCGGGCGUCACGGGCGACGAAAACAAGCUUGAGGUGUACACGACGCGCCCGGACACGCUGUUCGGGGCGACGUACCUCGUCGUCGCGCCGGAGCACCCCCUCGUCGGCGCGUUGUCGACGGCUGAGCAAAAAGCCGCGGUGGACGCGUACGUAGACGCGGCGUCGCGGAAGAGCGACCUGGAGCGCACCGAGCUCGCGAAAGAGAAAACCGGCGUGUUCACCGGGUCGCACGCGAAGCACCCGCUGACGGGCGCGGACGUCCCGGUGUGGGUCGCGGACUACGUGUUGGGGACGUACGGCACGGGCGCCAUCAUGGCGGUGCCCGCGCACGACGACCGAGAUAAAGAGUUCGCGGAGACGUUCGAUCUGCCGAUCGUCCAGGUCGUGGCCCCGCCCGGUGACGAGAAUAACACGGACGCCGACGCGUGCUACAGCGGCGCCGGGACGAUGAUCAACAGCGCGUGCGACGCGCUGGACGUGAACGGCUUGGACGACGCGACAGCGGGCGAAAAGGUGACGGCGUGGCUGACGGCCAACGGCGUCGGAGAGAAGAAGGUCAACUUCAAGCUUCGCGACUGGCUCUUCGCGCGGCAGCGGUACUGGGGCGAGCCGUUCCCGGUGGUGUACCCGGAGGGGUCGGAUGUCCCCGUCGCGGUCCCGGAGAGCGAGCUCCCUUUGACGUUGCCGGACACGGAUAACUUCAAGCCGAGCGGAAGCGGCGAGGGCCCGCUCGCGAAUAUCGAAGACUGGGUCGCCACCGUGGACCCUCUCGGCGGCGGCCCCGCGCGCCGCGAGACGAACACGAUGCCGCAGUGGGCGGGCUCGUGCUGGUACUACCUCCGCUUCAUCGACCCCAAGAACGAGAACGCGAUGAUCGACGGCGACUUGGAGAAGUACUGGAUGCCCGUCGACCUCUACGUCGGAGGCGCCGAGCACGCGGUGCUGCAUCUUCUCUACGCGCGGUUCUGGCACAAGGUGCUGUACGACAUCGGCGCCGUGAGCACCAAGGAGCCGUUCCAGCGGCUGGUGUCGCAAGGGAUGAUCUUGGGCGAGGUGGAGUACACCGCGUUCGUGGACGCGGAGGGGAAGUACGUCAGCGCCAAGGGCGCGCUACAGACGGAGGGGCUGGACGCCGUGAAAAUUAACGCGGAGGACGUCGCGAAGAAGGGCGACGGGUUCGUCCUCGCGGCGGACGAGAAGAUCAAGGUGAACGCGCGCGCGCACAAGAUGUCCAAAUCGCGCGGGAACGUCGUCAACCCGGACGAUAUCGUCGACGCGUACGGCGCGGAUUCGCUCCGCCUGUACGAGAUGUUCAUGGGGCCUCUGCGGGAGACCAAGGUGUGGCAGACGAAGGGCGUGGAGGGAUGCUCGCGGUUCCUCGCGCGCGCGCAUCGGCUGUUCGACGGGGACAUCUCCGACGAGUCCGCGGACGAGGCGCAGCUGAAGGAGAUUAACAAGUGCGUCGCGAAGGUGACGGAGGAGACGGAAGGGAUGCGGUUUAACACCGCCAUCGCGGCGAUGAUGGAGUUUACCAACGCGGCGACGAAAUGGGAGAAGAAACCGAGGGAGUGCUUGAGGCCGUUCGCGCUCUUGCUGUCGCCGUACGCCCCGCAUCUCUCCGAGGAGCUCUGGACAAAGCUCGGGAACGAGGGCUCGAACGCGUACGAGACGUGGCCGGUCGCGGACGAGAGCUUGCUCGUGGAGGAUGUCGUCACGAUGGCGGUGCAAGUUAACGGGAAGAUGCGCGGGAAGAUCGAGGUCACCGCCGACAGCACGCGAGAGGACGCGAUGGCGCUCGCUAUGGCGCAGGAGAACAUCGCGAAGUUCAUCGGGGACGAGUCCGGGAUCAAGAAGAUCAUCUACGUCCCGGGGAAGAUCUUAAACGUCGUCGCGCCGCAGCCGAAGAAGUGA